CCCGCGACACGGCCGCGUUUGGCACUCGGUCUCAGAUAUUACCCGCUUUGUACAAAUGGCAAUGACCAAUCGUUAACCCAAUCAACCCCCCACAUGGCUCAUCCAAAUCAUCAAUCCCCAAACAUUUCCUUCACUUCCUACGCUCACGAACCCGACGACGACCCCUCGCGCAACCUCCUCCAGCCGCUGGCGACCGUCGCGUCUUCGCAGCACGGCGGCUGCGGGAGGGCCGGAAAGCAUCCGACUUUUCGGGGAAUUCGGAGCAGGAGCGGCAAAUGGGUGUCCGAAAUACGGGAGCCGCGCAAGAGCAAGCGUAUAUGGCUCGGUACAUUUCCGACGCCUGAGAUGGCAGCCGCUGCUUAUGAUGCGGCGGCGCUGGCGCUGAAAGGCCCCGACGCUGCCCUCAACUUCCCGGAGAAAGUCCUGACGUACACCCUUCCGGCUUCAACCUCCGCCAGCGACGUACGAGCCGCCGCCUCCGCCGCAGCCGCAGGUAGAGCGCCGAGCACUGGUAAUGAAGAAAGCGCCUUAGAAAUCCAACCGGAAAAUAGUGUUAUUACGGCUGGGGAAGAGUUCAUCGACGAGGAAGAGCUUUUCGACAUGCCGAAUUUGCUGGGGGACAUGGCGAAGGGAAUGCUGAUGAGCCCACCGAGGAUGAAGCCGCCGCCGGGGGAGGACUCGCCGGAGAAUUCGGACGAAGGGAGUCUGUGGAGCUACCGGUGACCAUAUUCAACGUGGUUUUCGUGGAUCAGAUUAUAGCUAUACGUACAUUAUAUGGGUGGGUACUGAUUUUUCUCUUUUUCUUUACCAUUUUUCCUGCUGCUUUCUGCAGCGUAUAUGGGAAAAUGGAAUCUGAUCUAAGAGUUGCUUAGAUUAUAAUGGGCAGUUUCUGAGUGGUGUAAGAGUUGAGAGAGUAUAUAUAUAUAUAUAUAUCUAUGUAUGUAUAAGUAUAUUUAUGGCGAUGGACGAACGGUACCAUGAUGUCGACGUUACCAUUGCCGGCCUAUGUAUUCUGCAUGGGUUAUUCUGAAAUAUCAGUACUUAUUUUGUAAUUUUAAUUAUAUAUAUAUAUAUAUAUUUGAGACUUCU